GGGGCCGGGCUUACCAUGGCGGAGGAGGCGGAGUUCUGCUUCUCGGCGCUCUAUAUAAGCAGCCAGUGGCCGCGGCUGCGCCGUGAAACUGACCUUCAGUGUGUCGGCUUCAGCGACAUGGCGCCCUCCAGGAAGUUCUUCGUCGGGGGAAACUGGAAGAUGAAUGGGAGGAAGAACACUCUGGCGGAACUCAUCUGCAAUCUGAACGCCGCCAAGUUGCCGGCCAACACAGAGGUGGUUUGUGCACCCCCCACCGCCUACAUUGACUUCACCAGGCAGAAGCUGGAUCCCAAGAUCGCUGUGGCUGCCCAGAACUGCUACAAAGUGCCUAACGGGGCUUUUACUGGAGAGAUCAGCCCCUGCAUGAUCAAAGACUGCGGAGCCACCUGGGUAGUCCUGGGGCACUCGGAGAGAAGGCACGUCUUUGGGGAGUCCGAUGAGCUGAUUGGGCAGAAAGUGGCCCAUGCCCUGGAUAAAGGACUUGGAGUGAUCGCCUGCAUCGGGGAGAAGCUAGAUGAGAGGGAAGCUGGUAUCACUGAGAAGGUCGUUUUUGAACAAACCAAGGUCAUCGCAGAUAACGUGAAGGACUGGAGCAAGGUUGUUCUGGCCUAUGAACCUGUGUGGGCCAUCGGCACAGGGAAGACUGCGACACCCCAACAGGCCCAGGAAGUACACGAAAAGCUCCGGGAAUGGCUUAAGUCCAAUGUCUCUGAUGAAGUGGCUCAGUGCACCCGCAUCAUUUAUGGGGGUUCUGUGACCGCGGCAAACUGCAAGGAGCUGGCCUGUCAGCCUGACGUAGAUGGCUUCCUCGUGGGGGGCGCAUCCCUCAAGCCUGAAUUCAUAGAGAUCAUCAAUGCCAAACAAUAAGGCCCAAAUCCAUCUCCCUGCCCUUCCUGCUAUGCCAAGGACUGUAAAGCUCAGAAGUCCAAUAACUGCCCCUCAUUACCCCCACCCCCACACAUACUUCUGAUGGAAUCAUCUGCUCCCUGUGGCCUAAUCCACACUGUAGCUCUCCUUUAUCAUGUACACCUGUAAUGGUUGGGACUAGCCCUUCUCUACUUACUAUAAUAAUUGGAACAAAGCACGUCACCAAGAUGGCUUCUCCUUGGCCGAGAGGCAGAAGGGUGGGGUUUGCUCGUGAGCCCCAGUCCCCACUGAAGGCAGGAGAGAGAAGCCAUCCUCCUCUCCCAUCUCGUACAUGAGGCCGAGGGCUGGAAAGAGCCCUGUCCUCGCCGGUGCCAUUAGCUGUGUGUUGUGUAUGUGAGCAGUCCCACCUGGGGGUGGGAAUAAACAUCUGGCAUUAA